AUGAUGAUCUCUAAGAAGGAACAGCAAAUUGAAAGAAUCAGUGUGAAUGGUCAACCAAUGGAAAUAGUAAAAACAUACACCUACCUUGGUACGAACGUCAAUGAAAAUUGGGACUAUUCCCUAGAAAUAAAAUCUAGGAUAGAGAAAGCGAGAUCUGCAUUUCAAAAAAUAUCUAAGCUAUUCAAAUAGCUAUUCAAACACGAUUUAUCAGUAUCCAUAAAAAUCAGGUUACUACGAUGUUAUAUUUUUCCUAUACUAAUCCUGAAGAUAUCCUAAACCGACCACGUUACUAACCAGGAAGUUUUAUUAAGAAUGCAACAAGGAAAAGAAUUGUUAA